UCAUUCUCAACUAUAAAUAAAAACAAAGCCCUAACCUUUCAUCUUCUUCCUUACACCCCUCGAUCCCCUUCCGCCCUUCACUCUUCAUUUCUUUCUCCGGCGACCUUCAGCGCCUUCUCUCUCUCUCACUCUCUUGGACUCUAUGCACUGGCGUCUUCUUUGAAUGGCUAUCUAACUGCGAUUUUGUCGCACUCAACCACGACCUCCAAGCCUCAUCUUCCUCCUCACAACAGCCACAAACGUGAACGCCCUGUCUCUGCAUAAGACCUCUUCGACAAAAUUCCUAAGGUUUUUCUUGUAAAGAUGUAUGUUGUGAAGAGAGAUGGGUGUCAGGAAGCGGUGCAUUUUGACAAGAUUGUUGCCCGUUUGAAGAAACUUAGUUAUGGCCUUAGCGUCGACCACUGUGACCCGGUUCUGGUUUCCCAAAAAGUCUGUGCCGGUGUUUACAAGGGCGUCACCACUAGCCAGCUUGAUGAAUUGGCCGCCGAAACCGCCGCUGCUAUGACCACCAAUCAUCCUGACUAUGCUUCCUUGGCAGCAAGAAUUGCUGUUUCAAAUCUGCACAAGAACACGAAAAAGUUAUUCUCGGAGACUAUCAGAGACAUGUACAACCAUGUCAGUGAAAGAUCAGGACAAAAGGCUUCUCUCAUAGCUGAUGAUGUUUAUGAAGUAAUCAUGAAGAAUGCGGCUCGUUUGGAUAGUGAGAUUGUAUAUGAGCGUGACUUCGAUUAUGAUUUCUUUGGUUUCAAAACUUUGGAAAGGUCAUACCUCUUGAAGGUUCAGGACAAGGUUGUGGAGAGGCCCCAACACAUGUUAAUGAGGGUUGCUGUUGGUAUUCACAAGGAUGAUAUUGAAUCUGCUAUUAAAACUUACCACACUAUUUCUCAACGUUGGUUCACUCAUGCUUCUCCCACUCUUUUUAACUCUGGAACACCAAGGCCUCAACUUAGCAGCUGUUUCCUCAUAUGCAUGAAGGAUGAUAGUAUUGAAGGUAUAUAUGAUACCUUAAAAGAGUGCGCUGUCAUUAGCAAAUCAGCUGGGGGCAUUGGUGUUUCCAUCCACAAUAUUCGUGCCAUGGGCAGUUAUAUUCGUGGAACAAAUGGGACAUCUAAUGGGAUUGUGCCUAUGUUGCGGGUUUUCAAUGAUACUGCUCGAUAUGUUGAUCAAGGAGGAGGCAAGAGGAAAGGUGCUUUUGCUGUAUACUUAGAGCCAUGGCAUGCUGAUACAUUUGAGUUUUUGGAUCUUAGGAAAAAUCAUGGAAAAGAGGAGCAUCGUGCUCGAGAUCUUUUUUUUGCACUUUGGGUUCCUGAUCUGUUCAUGAAAAGAGUCCAAAGUAAUGGAGAAUGGUCAUUAUUUUGUCCUAAUGAGGCCCCAGGCUUGGCUGAUUGUUGGGGUGAGGAAUUUGAGAAGCUAUACAUUGGAUAUGAGCAGCAGGGAAAUGCCAGGAAGGUUGUCAAGGCACAGAAUCUUUGGUUUGAAAUCUUGAAAGCUCAGAUUGAAACUGGAACCCCUUACAUGCUAUUCAAGGAUACUUGUAACAGGAAAAGCAACCAACAGAAUCUUGGGGCCAUUAAAUCCUCUAAUUUAUGUACAGAGAUUAUUGAAUAUUCAAGCCCAACAGAGACAGCUGUGUGUAAUCUUUCAUCAAUUGCUCUACCUCGUUUUGUCAGAGAGAAGGGUGUUCCAAUCGAGUCUCACCCAUCUAAACUUAUUGGUAGCAGAGAUUCCAAGAAUCGAUACUUUGAUUUUGACAAAUUAGCCGAGAUAACGGCUCAAGUGACAACAAAUCUGAACAAGAUAAUAGAUGUCAAUUACUAUCCUGUUGAGACUGCCAGAAGGUCAAAUCUAAGACACAGACCCAUUGGUAUUGGGGUUCAAGGACUUGCAGAUACUUUCAUUUUACUGGGAAUGGCGUUUGAUUCACCCGAGGCCCAACAAUUGAACAAAGAUAUAUUUGAGGCCAUAUACUACCAUGCUCUUAAAGCGUCAUGUGAGAUUGCUGCAGUGGAGGGCCCCUAUGAGACGUAUGCUGGCAGUCCUAUUAGUAAGGGAAUUCUCCAGCCUGACAUGUGGGGGGUAACUCCUUCAAAGCGAUGGGAUUGGGAUGCUCUGAGAGAACAGAUAGCGAAUAAUGGAGUUAGAAAUUCACUUCUUGUGGCUCCAAUGCCAACUGCUUCUACCAGCCAGAUUCUUGGAAACAACGAGUGCUUUGAACCAUACACUUCUAACAUCUACAGCCGCAGAGUUCUAAGUGGUGAAUUUUUCGUUGUGAACAAGCAUCUCCUGCAUGACUUAACAGAGAUGGAUUUAUGGUCUCCUGUACUAAAGAAUAAGAUCAUCUAUGAGAAUGGUUCUGUUCAGAACAUUCCAGAAAUCCCUGAUGAUCUAAGAGCUAUUUACAAAACUGUCUGGGAGAUCAAGCAGAAGACACUAGUAGAUAUGGCCAUCGAUCGAGGAUGCUACAUCGACCAGAGUCAGAGCCUUAAUAUUCACAUGGACCAACCAAAUUUUGGAAAACUUACUUCCUUGCACUUCUAUGCGUGGUCAAAGGGCUUAAAAACAGGAAUGUACUAUCUUCGAUCCCGAGCUGCAGCCGAUGCCAUCAAAUUUACAGUCGAUACUUCAAUGCUAAAGGAAAAAACUAACAACGAAGAUAGUACAAAAAUGGCAGAGAUGGUAUGUUCUUUAACGAAUAGUGAAGAGUGCUUGGCCUGUGGGAGUUAGACAUGGCUAUGAAAACUCAACCAGCUAGCCAUAAUACAAGAAAAGGAAAAUAACUAAACAAGAAUUCUCAUUCAAGUUUGAGAAAAGAAGUGUAAAGGCUGAAGGUAAGAUAGCAAGUUAGGUUGAAGACAAGGAAGUCUCGUAUUUCAGCAACUACUGGCUAACUGUCUACGAGGAAGAAUCAACUUCCUAGCAUGCUUUGGAAAGACUACAUGAUUUUGUAUACUAAGUUUGGGCUUGCUGGUCAAACUAGCUCUGUACUAUAGUCAGACACCUAGAGUACAACAAUGAUUAUGCACUAUGCCAAGCAUGAUGAUCAUUUAUAUAAAUUUUACAAACUUAGUAUACAAAAUUGUACAAUAUAGUUUUAAUUACAAUAUUUCAUCAUUUUUUAAUCGACAAGAAAACCAUUUUCUU